AUGAAACAUUCUUCAAGUUGGACACUUGUAAAUGCUCCAGGCGGUUUCAGUUCCCCCAACCCCAGCCCCGUUUCUGCACCCCUCCAGCCUGCCUCGCUCCAGCAGUGCACUUGCGGCCCUGAGGCAUGGCGCCCAGCCCUCCCCUCCGCGGGUGGCCACCCCCAGGCCAUGGGGCGGAGCUGUGGCGCUGGGAGGGCGGGGCCGCGGGCGGGGCGGGGCGGCGCGGCGCGCCUGGAGCGCGGGAGCAGAGCGGCGGGCGCCGGUGCCGGCAUGGCGUGGCCCUGCAUCAGCCGCCUCUGCUGCCUGGCGCGGCGCUGGAACCAGCUGGACCGCUCCGAUGUGGCCGUGCCGCUGACCCUGCACAGCUACUCCGACCUCGAGAGCGAGGAGCCUGGCCCGGGCAGCGCCGCCUCGCGCAGGGGCCCGACCCCCGCAGGCGCCCGGGACCCCGGCCGGGACGUGCCGCUCACUCAGUACCAGCGAGACUUCGGCGUGUGGACGGCGCCCGCGGGGCCCAGAGAUGCAACGCAGGGACGCGGACUGGGAGCGGGCGGCCGCAGGGUCAAGUCCCCCGCGCCCUCCAGCGGAGGGGUCUACGUGCUCCCCAUCGGUGACGGGGGCGCGGCUGCAGCAGCGACCACGUCGUACAGACAGGAAUUUCAGGCCUGGACUGGAGUGAAGCCAUCGAGAUCCACAAAGGUGAAACCCGCCACAGUCAUCACAACCCACAGCUCCGGAUGGGACAGCAGCCCCAGGGCUGGCUUCCAGGUCCCUGAGGUGAGGAAGAAGUUCACUCCUAACCCCUCAGCCAUCUUUCAGGCCUCAGCUCCCCGGAUCCUCAACGUGUGACUGCCCACCGAGAGGAGGGAGCCACAGGGGAUCAGAACCCAUCGCCCAGGGACUGGGGUGAGGUCUCAGGACCAGAUGGCCCCUGCUGUCUGAGGGGGAGGGUCCUCUGUUCUCGUCGUGGGGCACCACUUCCUCUCCAAGCUGCACGGGGCUGUGGGCAGAACAGAGGCACAGAGGGACACAGCACCACCCAGCUCAACUCUGGGCUUCAAAAACCCUCUUCUUCCUCAAGAAGUGUGCAAAAGGCUUCAGAUUUUUUUAAUUGCCUCUUUUGGCUGCCCUUCACUUUUUAAAUCUGAAGAACUUGAUCAAUUCUACUGUGAACUGAAUUGGUCCCUGUGGACUGAGGAAUAUGGACAUAACAGGUCUUUGAGAGAUCCAGUAAUGUCCACAAUGUUGUUUUCACAGGCUGCAUGAUAAUUUUAUAACCUAUGGUAACCCAAGGUAAUGUCUUUGAAUAGUCCUACCAAUGGCCCCACAUGUUCAGGUUGUAGAAGAAAUCUUAGGUUAUCACCUGCAUGUGACUCGUGAUGAUGCUAAGUAACCAGGAAGAAGUUCCCAAAGAAACAGAAUAUCAAUCAUAGGAUUUCAGUUUUAAAGACAUAAUUUCUAUAUGGGCCAAAAUGACCCUGGUUUUAACAAAACAUUUCUUGAGAUGAGUGAAGUACUGAAUGAAUGACAUUUACCUUCUGGUAGGUUUCUGAGCCCCACAUCUCAUUACUAACUCCAGUUUUGUUCCCUUAACAUAUUGAUGACUAGAUGGGAACUAGUAAGUACUAAACUAAGAACUGGAAACUUCUUUGGGGGAAGGGUGGCAUUCGCUUCAUUCCCUGAAAGACCCUGAAAUGCCAGCUCAUUACAGGGAGCUCCCCAGCUGCUGAGGAGGCAGCUCGUUUUGUUUGCGGAAGGCCCCCUCCUGACUUUAUCGAUAGAUUCCAGUCAGUGCAACCACCUGGAACCAGCCUGGUCCCCUCUUUGCACGGCAACCCUUGAAAGGUUUGAAGGAGUCAAACGUUUGUGUCUCUUUUAGAGACUAGAGACACAAGCUAAGGACAGUUGAGGUAAGGAAACUCGGGACUUCCCUUUGGAUCUCUAUCCCUCUCCAGCCCACAAGCGGCUUAGCCUAGUGAGCGUUUACUUUCACCACAGGAGGUGGCAUUCAGGUUUCAGAAGCAGCUCCGAGCAGAGGUGGGGCCAUGUUUCCAGCUCAGGCUGUGAGGGGGCCGUCCCCUCAGAGGUGCUAGCUCCCCGCUCCGGUAGGCACAGCCCUUCCCCUCCUUCCAGCAAAGGAAAGGCUCUGAGAGAAUCAUUUUAAAGGGAAACGCAAAACCAUAUGCUUACACAAAGGGUUUUAUUAUUUCAGACUUCAUUGGUUUGCAUGUUAGGUGUUUCUAAGGGAAAAGAGACUGCCUGCUGGCCAUUCUGUGAGAAGCAAACAGAUUAACUGUACAAUCUCAGAUUUUACUAAAAUGCAAACGUACUGUUUCAAUGUCUUGUUAACUUAUUUCUUUAAUUAUAAACAUGAACGCUUUCUCAUGUCUUCCUUUAUCCUCCUCUUGGUAACAGGACUUUAAUGUGUCACGGCUACUGCUGCUCUCCUUUGGAUGCUUAUAGAUUCUGAGAACACUCACCCAGGGCUGCAGUCGCACUGGUGUCAUAUGUAGUGAUAUGUAACAGAACCUCCUCUUUUACACUGCCCCCCCGCCAGGAGCCUAGGGUAAAAGGGCUGUCUUUGAAGUUAGUCUUGGGAUCAAAUCUUGGCUUCUCCACUCAAUAGCUGGCAGCAGUUUAAGUUUCUGUUUCCUUUUCUGCGAAGUGUGGGUAAUAUCACUCCCCCUCUCCCCUCAAGAGAAUUUGUGUUUAUGUGCAGGGUGCUCAGUAUGGUAAAUGGCCAACAAAGCACAGCUGCUGUACUUCUCUCCUGCCCAAGCACCCCUUCCUGGGAGCCUGCUUUACUCUCAUCUGCUGCUUUGCUCCAUCGAUGCCACUGACAGGCCCUCGUAGUAGCCCCUGCCCGUGUCACACUGCAUGGCCAGCCAUGCCCUUCCCUCCGCCAGAGCCUGUCCCGGGAGCCCACUCAUUGAGCUGGGAUUAAAGCAGGCUGCCCCAUCCUGGCAGUGUGGGCACUGCAGCAGCAGUGGGAGCACCACUGCCUGAGGAAGGCAUCCCGUGCACCCAAGAACAGACAGCCUGGCCUGACCUCUGGAAGGCAUCCCGUGCACCCAAGAACAGACAGCCUGGCCUGACCUCUGGAAGGCAUCCCGUGCACCCAAGAACAGACAGCCUGGCCUGACCUCUGGAAGGCAUCCCGUGCACCCAAGAACAGACAGCUUGGCCUGACCUCUGGAAGGCAUCCUGUGCACCCAAGAACAGACAGCUUUUUCAAAAAUAACCCAAAGCAACAGGCUGCCUUACUAGACUUAUUAGAUCUAGAUUCUGAACAAGUAGCUUCCUCCCACUCACUCUAGGACUUAAUAAGGCCGUAACAUAUUGUUACUGGAGUAGCCUUACGAAGCGACUGAGAUAAUAAGAGCCUCAGCCAUGUGGUCAACAUCUCAUAUAAGUCAUAUGUACAACAGACAUAGACAAAGAAAGAAAUGCACUGGAAUAUUAAUGGUGGCUAUCUUUGAAGAGGGGAACUAUGGGUAAUUUAAAUUUUUUUAUACCUUGUAAUAUUUGCUAAAGUUUCUAUAUAAAUAGCAUUUUUGUAUUAAAUUAAAAAGCAGUUUAAUCUGUUAGGUAACUUAGCCAAAAGAAAGAGUUCAGAUUAAUUAUCCCAUGACCAGAGGUAACACUGCAGUAACAGCCUUGAUCAGUAGUGAGGCGGUCCAACCAGAGGGAGGCCCCCGGGUCCUUUCACCCGCAGUCAUUUAGACCAAGACUGAUGGGUCCAUAGUGUUUCAAAUAAAUUUUCAUCCCUGUAAUAACUCCAGGAUUAGGCCAAACUCCAAAAAAGCAGCCUCUGAGAGAACCUUGGCCAUGCAGCCCACCCCGGGCCAACAGGGGAUCCUUCAAGCAGGAUCACCUCUGCUGGCCCCAUGAACACAGGUGCCUGCAGUAAGUAAGAGGGAGGCCCCGAUUAAACUACUGGGACACUGUCCUGCGGUUCCUGUCAAAACACAAAUAACAUUCAGGAAGGGGGCCUAAGCAAUGCCCCUAUUCUCCUUUCUCCAGACCAUUCAAGUGAAGUCUGGUCCCAAGAAAGGUACAAAACUUCUUACCUUUGAAGAACCAAAGCUUUCAAAGCCUUUAGUUCUUAUUAAGGGUGGGUACAAAUAGUGAUUUCUGAAAUAUUUCUGCACUUUAUAUGAUUUUUCAGCCACCGUGAUAGCAAAAUGUCAGAGGAGUAACUUCUUUCUGGCCUCAGCACAGACCCAUUCUUGCCAGAUGAACCAGUUUGUUUCUUGGCUGGACGACAGGAGCUGUUUCCCUUGCCUUGGCUUUGAGGAGGCUCUGAGCUCAGUCAGGUAGUUUUCCUUUGCUCUAAGCUGUCAGAAACCACUAUGUCCAGGGCCAACAUGCAUUUUUCUAAUACUUUUUUAUAUAACUAUAAUCCUUAUUUUACAUAGCUGCAAUUUUUUUUCAGAAAGAAAUGGAAGAAUGCAUUUAAACACACCUUUGCCCCUCCCCCAGCUCUUUUUGAUGUAAGAAAAACCCUACCAACGUGUAGAGCUCCAAACUCAGAAAACCCAUCACAAAUACUAAAAGAUUUAU